UGUUUUGACUGCUUAUUUACCCGGCUGGCUGUGCUGGUUGUUUUAGCUAGUAAAGUGCUGCUGUUUGUUCUGCGUGGCUCGAAAAAAAAUUCUUUUAGCAAACCUCAUCCUACAUAGGUGUAAUGACUUAAAGAUGAACGUACAACGGUUGUAGCAGCAAAUAAGAACCAGGACGGCAAAGAUUCAGCAAAGCGCGCCAGUGAAAAUCAUCUAUCACACAUGCCAACAGCUCCUUCACUUGCUCUGGUUUGUUUGCUUGUUGUUUGGCUCACAUUGUUCAGUGCCAAAGAACAACCUCUAUCUACCCGUACAGUCCUGCACGUUGAUUUGUUUAUACAGUUAAAUCGUUUAUUAUGCGUGAGAACGAACCGGCAGCAUUCUUUUCGUGCGACGUGCGUACCGAGCGAGUUUGGUACGCGGACCUGCGUUAGUAGGAAAACGUGGGUGUGAGCAUGUGCUGUGGGCCGGCGUCGGACCAAAGUGCAAGCCGAUCAAGUGCAGUGAAUAGUUAGAAACGGUAAAACAAAAAACAAUAUCCUGAUAAUACAUUGUCAUGCAGUAGUGAAACAAUAGUGGGUUGAAAACGCUACACAGCACCGAAAGCAGAAUGACUGCCAAGAACACUGCCCCACAGGCUUCGGAAGCAGUGGCGGCCAUCGGCAACGGCGAGGGAUGCGAUAAGGUUGUGUUGAAACGCAAAAUCACACUUAUCAAUGGAGUUGGCAUCAUCGUGGGAACAAUUAUCGGCUCCGGUAUCUUCAUUUCUCCGACUGGAGUCUUUGUGUUCACCAGGUCAGUCGGCUCUUCCUUGGUCAUCUGGACGCUGAGUGGAAUCCUGUCGACGCUCGGUGCCCUUUGCUAUGCUGAACUUGGCACAUGUAUCACGCGCUCCGGUGGAGACUACGCGUAUCUGCUGGUCGCUUUUGGGCCACUUGUUGGAUUUCUACGUCUCUGGAUGGCACUGCUUAUUAUACGCCCAACGACACAGGCUAUCGUCGCAUUAACCUUCGCACAGUACGCGGUCAGACCGUUUUUCGAAGACUGUGAGGCGCCAGAAAGUGCGGUGCGCCUGUUGGCCGCGGUAUGUCUCUGCUUCCUUACGGCCAUCAACUGCAUUUCCACCAAAUGGGCGAUGAAGAUACAGGACGUGUUUACCAUCGCCAAACUUACCGCCCUCGUGUCCAUCAUUCUGGCCGGCAUGUACUUCAUGGCAACGGAGUCGCUCGACAACUUCCAGAACCCCUGGGAGGGAGAUUAUGCACUGUCCAGCCUCGCGUACGCUUUCUACUCCGGGCUGUUCGCGUUCGGUGGCUGGAACUAUCUGAACUUCGUUACGGAAGAGCUGGAAAAUCCGUACAAAAAUCUUCCGCGGGCGAUCUGGAUCGCGAUGCCGAUGGUUACCGGUAUCUACGUUUUCGUCAACAUGGCCUACUUUGCGGUGGUUUCGCGGCAAGAGAUGCUGGCUUCGAUUGCCGUCGCAGUUUCGUUCGGCAAUCGGAUGUUCGGUUCCGUCGCCUGGUUGAUACCGAUCUUCGUCGCGCUCAGCACGUUCGGCGGUGUGAACGGUAUUCUGUUCACUUCGGCCCGCCUAUUUUCCACCGGCGCCCAGGAAGGGCACUUGCCCGCCUGGUUUUCGCUGGUUCAUGUUGACCGGCAAACACCGAUUCCGGCGCUUAUAUUUACCUGCAUCACAUCGAUUAUAAUGCUUCUUUCGGCCAACGUGUUCGUGCUGAUAAACUAUUUCAGCCAAAUCCUGUGGCUCUCCGUUGCUGCCAGUAUUGCCGGAUUGCUGUGGCUGCGGAUUUCAAAACCUAACAUGCCACGGCCGAUUAAAGUGAAUUUGGCCCUUCCCAUAACGUUCCUCAUCUGCUGCCUGGGGUUGGUGCUGCUGCCAUCGUUUACCGAACCGUUUAAUUUGCUCGUUGGGCUUGCAAUCACCUUAUCCGGUGUUCCUGUGUACUACGUGUGUAUCGUGUGGCGUAGUAACAAGCAAGCGCAGAACGUAAUCAUGCGCUGGAUCGAGCGAGGCUGUCAGAUACUUUUCAACGCAGCCUUUGUCGACUGUCACCAUGAUCGAAAGCGGGAACGAGAGUUUUCCGAAAUGCAAACGAGCAUCGAAGAUAAAAGCGUUAGUCACUAAGCAGCUGCUUGGCAUUUUGGUGGCAACGAAUCACGCUGCUGUUGCUGUGCAACCUCCACUCUUCCUGCAAAAACGGAUUCAACAACCGACAGGAUUUCAAGACACAGGACGCUGAAGAUGGCUUCUUCCAACGGUAGUGCCAACAGAAUGAAUGAAAAUAUCUCGUCUCUUCGGUAUUUUGCUUAAGACACAAGUGGUGCAUGAUACAACUGACCACUUCGGAUGUUCAUUUUGCAACAAAAAUCUUUACAUUGCGAAUCUCUAAGGAGACUGGAGAGAUGGAGAGGAGACUGCAGGGCAAGGACAACCUUUGGCAUCACCUUUGGCUUUUAAAUAGUGUAGGGCAUAACAAAUGUACAGAACUGUACAUUAUCUUAACUUAACACAAACAAACCAACUCGUGAACGAAACAAUACAACGUGUAUCUGCGACAAAGUAGUUUCACCUGAAGCUUUACUCUACGAUCUUUGCUUAUAUCGAUGUACUUAAAAGGGUUUAGAUAAAUAUAAACAAAUAUGCGUCGUUGUUUGAAA